UUUACUUGUAUUCCGUGAAAUAUACCCUUAAGUUAAAACAUCAAUUUACUACAUUUAUUUCCAACAGGUUAUGGGCCCAUAUCACGCCAACUGAAUCAAGACUAUCAUAAUGGAAGGUAGUAAUGUAUCUAGAGACACAUCUCAUAUUCCGAAGUUUGAUGGUGGAAACUUUCACACGUGGAAGUUUUGGUUAAUGCUCUUUAUGCGUAACUUCAACCUUCAAAACAUCAUACUUGGUGAAGAACUCAUUCCACUUGAGGAACAUGAUGAUAAUGGUGUGGUAACCAACCAAGAACAAAUCAGGUCCUGGAACCAGAGAGACACCUUAGCCUCCAACUACAUUUAUUCUACAGUUACUGAGAAGAUGAGAGACUACUUGAUCAACUGUGAAACAACGUGUGAAAUGUGGCUCAGAUCGGGAACCAAAUUCACACAGAGAUCGGCUGCUAACAAAGGACAACUGUGGGCUCAAUUCUACGAGUACAAAUUUGUUCACGAAUCUGAUAUUCUGGCAAACAUUACAGCAAUUGAGAACUUAGCCAGACAACUUAAAGAUCUUGAAGAAAACGUCACUGAGAUCCAGAUUACCAACAAAGUUGUCAGUAUUCUAACCCAACACUAUGGCCAUUUCAAACCUUGGUGGGAUAACCUAGACGAAGAACAGCAGACAACAGAUUUACUUACAACAAGACUUAUAAGUAAAGAACAACGAAUUGGAAAGCCAAGCACAGAAAAAUCAGAUACAAGCAACUUAACUGAGACUGCCUUCUCAUCCACGUAUUCUAAUCAAAAAUUCAAAAGAGGAUCUUAUAGAAAUUCUGGCAGUAUCAGGGGCUCGUAUCAAAAUCGCAAUAGAGGGUGGAAGAAUAAGGCUAAUAUUGUCACGGGUAGAAUUCAAAUAUGGCAAUAAACACUUGAUGAUGUAAACAGCCCAAAGCCAAAGUUACAUAAAUGUUGGCCUCACGACACAAGGCGCAAGCAUAUAGGUCCCUUUCACCAUUGGACUACUCUAAAUAACACUAACACUACUUCCAAUGGGGCCCUAAUGGAUAAAACUAAAAUACACUAAAGAAAUAGCAACAAUACA